GCCGCCGCACACCGUUGCGUCGUUCGUAAAUGGAAUCGGAAUCGAGAAAAGUUUACGGUCUUCGUGUAAAAAUUAUAGUUUAAAUCAAUAUAAAAUAAAAUGGAAUAUGAAAGUGUUCUUCUUGUCAAACCCGAAGUAUUCAUAUACAAAAUUCCACCAAGAGCAAAUAAUCGUGGCUACAGAGCUGCUGAUUGGAAUCUGGGAGAACCCACAUGGACAGGUCGUAUGCGUUUAGCUGCAAAGGGUACGGCUUUAAAUCUUAAACUGGAGGAUAAAACAAGUGGUGCUCUCUUCGCUAAUUGUCCCAUAGACACAUAUCCUGGAGUAGCUAUUGAAUCUGUUUCGGAUAGCUCUCGUUAUUUCGUUAUAAGGGUUCAAGAUGACAAUGGUCGUUCUGCUUUUCUGGGUUUAGGCUUUGGUGAUCGUUCCGAUUCCUUUGAUUUAAAUGUUGCCCUACAAGAUCAUUUUAAAUGGGUAAAAAAUCAAGAGCAAAUCGAAAAGGAAAAAACUCAGCCUAAGCAAGAAUUAGAUUUAGGUUUUAAAGAGGGUGAAACCAUUAAAAUUAAUAUGAGAAUAACGAAAAAAGAUGGCUCAGAUGGUCCAAGUCGUACAAAAGCUAAAUCUGGCUCCGGAAUAUUACCACCACCUCCAGGCGGUUUGGGUAAAAUAGCCCCUCCACCUUCUAAUGCCGGUGCUGUGCGUCAAAGUCCUGGUACUUCCCCAGCACACAGGGUGUCUGGUAAUGCAACAGAAUGGUCGGAUUAUGCAUCAGCUGGAUCUGCGCCUGCUCAAAAUCAACAACAACAAAGUUCAUCAAAUGCCAACUGGGUGCAAUUUUAAAUCUAAGACAUAGAAGAAAGUGCAUGCGUGUAGAGAGUAAAGAAAACAUAGACCGAGAAACAACUGAGUUUAUUAGUAAUUAUUAAUGCUAGAGAAAUCAGCAAAACAAAAAUAACAACAUCAAAAAGAAAAAAAUCAUUCGAAGAGGACACAAUACGAAUUAUAUAAUAAAUGCAGUUAUAACAUAUAUAUACAUACUAUAUACAUUAAAUUUAAAUAUAUAUACAUAUGAGAAAAUAUUAAAUUAUAUAUAUAUGAAAAAAAGAAGAAAAAAAAUUUAAAAUUUUCAGAAAUAACCGCAAAGAUAUUUAAACAAAAUAUAAGUUGUUCGUUUUUGUUUUUGUGUGUGUUUAGUUUAAAGAAAUUAGUGCAAAAAUAAACUUCUUUUAAUCAAUAUAAAAUAAAACAUUUCCAAAUUCUAUGCCAGCGGCGAGUUUAUAGCUAACUAUUCCCAUUGCCCUACCAAAAGUGUGCGACGCUGCUUACUAGCUGAGACCACCCACCACCACCACCAAUAUUGAAAUAGUAAAAACAAGCACAAUUUUGUGUUAUCAACUAAAUUAACUAUGGAUAUAAAAAAAACAAAAACAAAAACUUAAAAAUCAAUUCUCUGUUGUUGUCGAGUAGAGAUAAAGAGAAGAGAAAGGCAAUAAAUUUAAUAAUGCAAAUAAAAAUCGAAAAUUAACAAUUUGCUUAAAUGUUUGACAAUUAGAUUUUAUUAUGAUUAUUAUUAUUAUUAUUAUGAUAAUUCCACAUAUAUGUUUUAUCUUGUUGGAAGCAAAUGAAAACUACAAACACAGUAAGAAAAAUGUAUAAUUUUACAUUGUUAUCUCAGUUUAUAACUACUUUGUAUCUCAGUAACAGUAUACUACAAACAUAACCAACAAACAAACAAACAAACAUACAAACAAAAAGCAACACCAAUCUCCACACAAUUAAAUUAAACAACAAAUCGUUUAUAUUUGUUAUGUAUGAACUUGUAUGUAAUUGUACUUAUUUACGCAAACACCACACGCAUACAACUCAAACACCACCUCAGAAAUCUACUACUACUACUACAUACUACUUCUACUAUAACUAUUAUUGCUGUACAACAAAUUGUUUUAAAAAUUGUUUUCUCUUUUUUUUCUAAUGACCAUCUUUAGUUUUUUUUUUCUUUUGUUUAAUGAUAGCUUAAAUUUUUAUAGUUAAAACUUAUGGUUUUCAUAUGUUUAAAUGCAAAACGUAAAGCCUGUAAUUUCGAAUUUUGUUAUAUUCGUUUUAUUUUUUAGAUUCUUUUUUUACCACACAUUCUUACAUAUUCCCUUGUAAUUUUAUAGUUUUGUUUAUUUCAACAUUCCUUUAUUGAAAAACACAAAGAAAUUUUUAAAUUAAGUUUAGAAAAACUUCAUCAUCAGUUAUUAAUUAUGAGAAAUUAUUAAAAAAAACAAACAAAACAAAACAAAAACAAUUUAAUAAAAUAAAACAAAAGUAUUUUGUAAAGAAAAGAAUUGUAAUUUGAUUAAAAGAAAAUGUAAACAAAAAAAUUUUAUUUUCUUAUUAAUUUUUUAUUCAUGAAAAUUUAAUAAAAGUAAAUCCAUAUACAUAUUUUAUUUUAUUUUUUUUUGUGUAAGUGUAAAUAAAUAUCAAAUUUAAAUUAGCUUCAUGGGCUCUGGAAUUUUAUGUAAAAAGCAAAUUAUAAAAUGUGGUUAGACGUAAGCAUAAGCAACACAAAUGAAGAAAUAAACUGUGGUUAUAUGCAAACAAGGCA